GUGGCAGUGGAGGUGGUGGUGGAGGCGGUAGUGGUAGUACCGGCGGUGGCGGCGGCGGUGGUAGCAGCAGCAGCAGCAGCAGCACCAGCAGCACCAGCAGUACCAGCAGCGGUGGAGGUGCCAUCGGUGGUGGCGGUGACGGCGGCGGUGGUGGCGGCGGCGCCGUCGACAGCGGUGGUGGUGGUGCCGGUGGUGGUGGUAGACAGAGUAACGCGAGGGAGUCCCUGUCGGUGAUCGUGCCACCUCAGGACGUGGACGUGGACUCGCGCGACGACGCCGACGACUCGGAGCUCCUCAGUCCGGGCAAGCUAACGCCGACAUCGGGGAUAAGCGUCUCGGUCGCGAGUAUGAUCGACGCGACGGACUUCAGGGCGAUGCAACCGGAGCCGACUUAUCAAACGUUGACGUCGGUUACCGAAAGAAUGUCGCCGCCUGGCUUCAGCCCGGGCUCCUCGUACGCGACGCUUACGCCGUUGCAACCGUUGCCGCCGAUUUCAACGAUGAGCGACAAGUUCGUGUACGGUCACACGACCGGCGGGGUAACCGGUAGCUUUGCAGUUAUGCAGAACAAUGGCCUCGGUAACAUCGGCCUCGGUAUGGGCGGCUCGCCAUACGCGUACGACAAGAUACCUUCGAUGGGAAUGUCGCCACCGCACAAUUAUCCCUCGCCCGGUGCGGGCCUACAACCGAGUCCUCUCUCGCCCCAGAGCGCUUACAGCCAAAGCGCCCUUAAUUCGCCGCACAAGUCCGCGAGUCCGCACUACGAUCAAGCUUUCCUACCGAGGCUGCAACAGAGUCCCGCCGCUCUUAGCCCGUCUUCGCCGCCGGCCGUCUCGGCGACCGCCACUUUCGCGCCCUCGCAUCAUUCCCCGCCCGCGCACUCUGUGCCGGCGGCCUCGCCCCCGCCCAUACAAACACAGCUUCAGCAACAACAACAGCAGCAACAGCAACAGCAACAGCAGCAACAGCAGCAACAACAACAGCAGCAACAGCAACAGCAACAACAACAGCAACAGCAACAAUCGUUAGCGGCGCAACAGACUAUAUCGCACACUCAACACGUGCAACACACGUCGGUCGUCAUGAAGACGGUCUCUUCGGCCGGCCACGGUGCUGGCGAGGUCGAGGAGAUCAACACGAAGGAAUUGGCACAAAGGAUCAGCGCCGAGCUCAAGAGGUACAGCAUACCCCAGGCGAUAUUCGCCCAGAGGGUAUUAUGCCGUAGUCAGGGAACGCUCAGUGAUCUUCUACGUAAUCCAAAACCCUGGUCGAAACUCAAGAGCGGCCGGGAAACGUUUCGACGAAUGUGGAAGUGGUUGCAGGAGCCGGAGUUUCAAAGAAUGUCGGCCUUGCGGCUAGCAGCUCUGAGCAACUGCUCUGAAAGCGGGGGCGAACCGGAAGCCAUGCUGGAUAUCCACCACCCAGGAAGCGGCAUCGACCCUCACCAUCAACAGUUUCACAACUCCUAUGCUGCACAGAUUCCACAACGCGGAACAUGCAAGAGGAAAGACGAGAUGUCGAGUCAGGCAGAACACCAACAGCCCGCCCCCAAGAAACCGCGGCUGGUUUUCACAGACCUUCAGCGCCGUACUCUACAGGCUAUUUUUAAAGAGACGAAGAGGCCGUCGAAGGAGAUGCAGGUGACAAUCGCGCGACAGUUGGGCCUUGAACCGACGACGGUCGGUAAUUUCUUCAUGAACGCUCGACGGCGUUCCAUGGACAAGUGGAAAGACGAGGAUCCGAAGACCGUGGCGGUCGAGGAGGGACAGCUAUCGCCAACAAUAGGUAUCGGACAGCGACAGCCAAGCGACGUUUUGUGACACACGUCCGACCACGAGGAGUACCACGACGAGUCACCGGAGGAGGACUUACCCUUCUCGUAAGGGUCUCCUUCUCCUCCUUUCUUCUCUUCCCACCGAACGACAACAACCAACACCUCUUUUCUCUAUCCUUUCUAAUACGAACUAACUUUGAUAAAUCGAUACCACCCGUGCCCAAAUAAAUAUCGAAUAUGCUCCAAUUUAUCCAAAUUUAUAUUUUAUAAUGCAUUUAAAACGCCUUUUUCUAUUUCUAUCCAAAGAUUUUCUUCAAAUGGGCUAUACAUAUAUACAGGGUAAUUCACUAACAAAAGCUCAUUUAUUUGGGAUACGAUCCUUCGAAUGAUCUUCAACUUUUUAACUAACAAUAAGAAAUAAAUAUUGGACAAUAUAUACACUCGUAACGUUUGGCAAGCAUAAUCCAAGAGAAUCAUUAAAUGCGGGAAUAUGAGCAACUAAUGUAUGGACCAUUAAAUGAACUUAUACGUCAUUAUUUAACGCGACCUCACAAGUGAUCGUUACGCAAAUGAAUGACCUUAAUUCGUGAAUCAUUCUACGUACAAAUGUAUCAAUUUAUCGAACCAAGUCGUAUUUCUCGAUUCGACCGAAAUAAUUGCUACGAUUAUUUGUCAAGUUUCUUAUGACUGAUUUUGGAUUGAAAAUUUCAAGCUUUUACGUUCUCAUCUUCUGUUUGAAACUCCAUCUAUGUCAAAGAGAACCACGACCGUGCUAGGGAAGUAUUAUAUAUAUAUAUAUAUAUAUAUAUAUAGAAGGUCGUGCGUCAUAUACAACGUAUAAGCUUCUACCAAUGCCGAGGCAGCCAUUAUCUUAUGUUCGUGAUACUUUAGCAAGCAGCAACAUCAGUAACAGCAAUGGUAGCUUUCGAAAGAUACAGUCAUGUUUGAAAUUUUUUAAUGACUAGUGUGCAUACCUACAUAUGUAUGCAUUUCUUUUUCGUUACUAUUCAACUUGUUUUUUUUUGUUUAUAUUUGCCUAGUUUUCUUCUCGUCAAUUUUCU